AUGGACGCGUCCUCGGGCGACAGCUCGUCGCCGCGGAGCCGGCAGCAGCUCCAGGGCCCGCGCCCGCCGCGGCUCGCCGUCAGCAAGGAAUCGCACAAGGUCAGGAAGCCGCCCAUCGCGCCGCAGCGGCACCAGCAGCAGCAGCCGGCCGCGCAUCAGCACCAGCAGUACCAGCACCAGCAGGUGCGGCAGCCGGUCAUCAUCUACGACGCCUCGCCCAAGGUGAUCCACACCAAGCCGGGGGACUUCAUGGCGCUCGUCCAGCGCCUCACCGGCCCGGGCUCCACCGCCCAGGCCCAAUUCGACGCCACCGCGGCGGCUGCGGGGCCGUCCGCCGCGGCGUCGUCGUCGCAGUCGCAGCCGGCGGCAACUACGAUGGAGUUCGAGCCGCGGGAGUUCCUCCUCUCGCCCACCGCCGCGCUGUCCCCGGCCGCGCGGCUGGCCGCCAUCGAGAGGUCCGUCCGCCCGCUGCCUCCGCACCACCACGCGCCGGCGCACGUACCUCCCUACUACUACGACGACGACUUCUUCCUGCCCCUCCCCGCUUCUGGUUCCGGUUCGGCGGACGUGGACAACCUCGCCGCGGCGGUCCUCGGCCCGCCCGCGGGGGCGGGCUGCCCUGGGAUCCUCUCCCCCGCGGCGCUCCCUCCGGCGGCCUCCACGGGGCUGUUCUCGCCGACGCCGUUCGACCCGAGCUGCCUGUCGUGGCUGAGCGAGCUGAGCCCGUUCCUCCCCUCCGCCGGCACCCGCGCCGCCGCGGCCGGGCUGUUGGACCAGGCGCCGUUCGCUCCCAGCCCGCGCAGCAGCAGCCUGCUGCUGUCCACGCCCACCUUGCCGUCGCCGGCCACCGUCUCCGUGCUCGAGUUCUUCAGCAGCACCAACUUCAACUUCCCGGACCUGUAA